GCCGGUUCAGCGACCAAUCUGUGGACCGCUGCGGAGUACAUCGGGCGACGAGACAACGAGUAUGAUUGUGUAUGACCACUAUCGACCAGAAACUUUAGCAGCGUCAUUAUGGUCAUUAUCGUAAUCAUCGGGUAGUACGAGGCGUACGAGGAAUGCGAAGAAUUCUGCUACAGAGACCUGAAGAGAUAUUUCCUGGUGUGAGAGAAAGCAUGAACUACACAAAUUCAGAGACUGUUUUAGCGGGUCCAUAUGGAGAGACGUACCCAGCAAGUCAUGAUUCAAACCAGGCCAUGCAUAUGAAAGCUGAGGAAGUGUCAGAUGCACAAGAGGAAGUAGAUUCUCUGCGAAUAACCGCUCAAGAAAUAAAGGCUGAACCUGAGAUCUGUGCAAAUUCAGAGAACAUUUUAGUGGGUCUGCAUGGAGAGACGUACCCAGCAAGUCAUGAUGCAAACCAGGCCAUGAAUAUAAAAGCUGAGGAAGUCUCAGAUGCACAAGAGGAAGUAGAUCCUCUGCGAAUAACAAUUCAGGAGAUAAAGGCUGAAACUGAGAACUGUACAAAUUCAGAGAACGUUUUAAUGGAUCCAUAUGGUGAGAGAUAUCCAACAUCUCAUGAUGCAAAUCAGGCCAUGAAUGUAAAAGCUAAGGCAGUCUCAGAUGCAGAAGAGGAAGAAGAUCCUGUCCCAAUAACAUUUCCAGAAAUAAAGGCUGAACCUGAGGUGAGCUGUAUGUGCACUCUUAGGCAGAUAUCACAAAUCUGCAGAAAUGCCAAUUGUUGUUUUGACCUCAGUCUCCGUCUUUGGAUGUGAAACAACUCCACUACACCGUUGGUUAGAUGUUGAAGGUUUUUUUUCUUCGGAAAUGUCUAGGCAGCUGAAGUAUGUUGAAUGUUGCUUGUGAUGUACCACUCCCAUUUUCUUUGAAAUAAAUCUGAUAUAGAUGAAAUUAAAUACUGUGUAAACUGAAGAAUGUUUGAGAUAAAUUCCAUAUAGCAAAAAUCUUGCACAUUUUCCUUGUCUAUCCAAUCCACAAAGCAGUGCAUUGAUACUACAUAGGGUUCCCAGGAUCUGUAAUUGCUAAAAUUUAUCAUUUGUUUUCUGUCUUCAGUGCAGCCUGUAUCCAUGCAAUAAUGUAUAGUGAUCAUUUUGAGGAUUUGUAACAGGAUAAUUA